AUGUCCUCCACCGUGAACAACGGGGCGGCCAGCAUGCCGUCCCCGCCCGACGCGGCCAACGGCUUCCCGCAGCCCGGCGCCUCCUCGGGGGCCUGGCCGCGGGCCGAGGAGGAGCUGCGCGCCGCCGAGCCGGGCCUGGUGAAGCGCGCGCACCGCGAGAUCCUGGACCACGAGCGCAAGCGGCGCGUGGAGCUCAAGUGCAUGGAGCUGCAGGAGAUGAUGGAGGAGCAGGGGUACUCAGAGGAGGAGACCCGGCAGAAGGUCAGGACUUUCCGGCAGAUGCUGAUGGAGAAAGAGGGAAUGCUCAGCAGGGAGGACCGGCCUGGGGGCCACACCGUGGCGGAGACCCCGCGGCUGACCGAGGGCGCCGAGCCAGGCCUGGAGUACGCGCCCUUGGACGAGGACGACGGCCCGGUGGACUGCGACUGCCCGGCCGCCUGCUACCGUGGGCACCGGGGGUACAGGCCCAAGCACUGGUCCAGCAGCUCGGCGUCGCCCCCUCCCAAGAAGAAGAAGAAAAAGAAAGGCGGCCACCGGAGAAGCCGCAAAAAGAGGAGACUAGACUCGGAGUGCAGCUGUGGGAGCACCUCACCUCUGCGCAAGAAGAAGAAGAGCGUGAAGAAGCACCGCAGAGACAGGUCUGAUUCUGGGUCCCGGAGGAAGAGACGGCACAGAUCUCGAAGCCCCAAGAGCAAAAGAAAAGAGAAGAACAAAGAGAGGAAGAGGCCACACGCGGAGUCGCCAGGCCGCAGGUCUCAUCGCCACAGUAGCGGCAGCUCCCAGUGUCCCUCAGUCUCCUCCCACUACAGUGGUUCCAGAUCACCCAGCAGGCUGAGCCCCAAGCGCCGAGACAAAGGGCGGAAGACGGGCAGCCAGCGGUCCAGCGGGAGCCGGUCGCCUUCCCCGUCCGGCGGCAGCGGAUGGGGGUCGCCCCAGCAGAACGGCGGCAGCAGGCAGCGGAGCGGAGCGCACGGGGGCCGCCCCGGCUCGGCGCACAGCCCGCCCAAUAAGCCCAGCUCGCCCUCGCCCAGGGCCCGCGACCAGGCGGAGGCGGGCGCGGCCACGCCGCCCGCGCGGGGGAAGGAGAGCCCGAGCCCGCGCUCGGCGCCGUCGUCGCAGGGCAGAGGAGGCCGCGCGGCGGGCGGGCCCGCCAGGCGGCGGCGGCGGCGGCGGCGGCGGCGGCGGCGGCGCUCGCGGUCCUCGGCGUCCGCGCCCCGCCGCAGGGGCCGCCGGCGCGCCCGGCCCGCGCCGCCCCGGGGCUCGUCGCGCUCGCUCAGCAGGGCCCGCUCCAGCAGCGACUCGGGCGGCGGCGGCGCCCCCGGGCCCGGGCCCGAGCCCGGCUCCGAGCGAGGCCACGGCGGGCACGGGAAACGGCCCAAGGAGCGGCCCCCGCGCGCCCGGCCCACCAGCACCUCCCCGUCCCCGGGCGCGCACGGCCGGCACGGCGGCCCGGAGCGGAAGAGCUCGUCGCUCAGCCCGGGCCCGCACCCCCGCUCCUGGAGCUCCAGCCGCUCGCCCUCCAAGUCCCGUUCGCGCUCCGCGGAGAAGAGGGCCCGCAGCCCCAGCCGCUCGCCGUCUCCCAAGAAACCCCCGGGCCGGGACAAGGACAGCGAGGGCCGCGCGAGGCACGCCGAGGCCGAGGCCGCCCGCGCCCGGCGCCGCUCCCGCAGCUACUCGCCCAUCCGCAAGCGGCGCCGGGACUCGCCCAGCUUCAUGGAGCCGCGGCGCAUCACCAGUGCCCGGAAACGUCCCAUCCCCUACUACCGGCCCAGCCCCUCAUCCUCCUCCAGCUGCCUGAGCAGUGACUACUCAAGCCGCAGCCCCAGUCCCAGCCACAGCCACAGCCACGGAAGCUACAGCAGCCGCAGUCGUGGGACCCGCAGCCGCACUCGCAGCCCCUCCCGGACCCCCAGUCCCAGCUACCACAGCCGGAGCAGCUCACAGAGCGGGGGCUUCUGAGCCCAGACACACACUGUUUGGUGCCCCCUGGCACAGGGAGAGGCGAGGGGUAAGGCCCCAGGACCGCGAGGGGGCCUGCUCCCUGCUGCUACAGAGAGGUCCUGGGGCCAGGGAACACCUUGAGGGUGGGUGCCCUGCAGACAAGAGGAGCUGGGUUCUGCUGUUUCUAGAGGGUCCUCACCCCCCACCUCCUGCCCGCCCACUGUGUCCAGGGAACAAAGAGCCGUUACGAACACAGGGAUCCCCUGUCCACCUGCCUGCUUGAUGCCACCUGCUUGGGGACCUCAGCUCAGUGGACCCAGGGACACCUCAGACCUGGGAGCCUCCCCUACCUGCUCCACAGGGUCCUCCGCUCCUCUCCGGCACUGGGGAGGUGGGACCAGCAAGCAGGAUCUAAGUCAGGCAGAAGGAAGAAUGGUCUAAUGGCCUUUGGUGCGCCACCAUCCAGGCUGGGGAGCUGCUUCCUUCUGAGCUGGCUGCAGGAGGACCCUGGCUGAGGGCUGGAGGCUGGCCCCACAGCCUCUCCAAACCCCUCCCCUGGCCCAGGAGUACCCAGACUAGGUGGGUCACUAAGCCCCAGCCUGAGCGACCAGGGAGCUCCCUCUUGGUCCCACCUCUCCUCUCCAGGCCAGGCUCUCUCCUCCAGCCCUCACCCCAUGCCCUGCACCAAGGCCACACCAGGCCGGCCUUCUGCAUGACAAGAGGUGGGACAUACAGACCACAACUGCAUCUAACCCUGAGAUCAAAAGGGGUUCAGGUCAGGAGGUGGAAGAGAGAAGGGGGCAGAGGAGCCUGUGAGGAGGCGGGAAAGCAAUGUAGUCUGAUGACUGAGCAGGCCCCCGUGUCCCAGUGUCUCGGGCAUGGGCCAGAUGGCAGGACAGGGUCACAGGCAUAGGAUGGCUUGUGCUUUGGGGCCUGUCCAAGGAGGCACUUCCUCCUCGGGGUUUGAUGGGGAGGUGGUCAGCCAAGGCUCCCCAGGGAGGGGUGCUACAGCCCUUCAAAGAAAGGGUAGGAUCUAGACUGAUGGCCUUGGCUUGGGGCAUCAACAGGACAGCAGUGGCCCCCAGCCCUCUUCUGCUGCUCCCAGCCCCCUCCUCCUGGGGCCCUCAGGGAUCUCACGAAGUCUUCCUUGGCCCAACGGGGCAGAUGCCCUGGGCUCUAGUGGGGGGAGGGGUCUGGGGUCUGGUCCGGGUUUCCUCUAUCUCCCCCUCCCUCUUUCUCCGCGGUGCGGAUAAAAAUUGGACUCUAAUAAAACACUCAGUGCCCGGAUGGCAGGUGGUGAGA